CUAGCAACAAGCUUAAAGGGCAAAAGAGAAUGAGCAUUGUGCUGAAUGUCUACAGACGUCUUCGAUGGAGUCUAAAAGCUCAGUUAGCAAGUGCUAUCCGUCUUUACCCACCACAAAAUCCACACCCUCCCAUGCAGUCCAUCUUCCUAAUGAGAAGCUUCAAAUGAGCUCAGCAAAAUUAUACAAGAUGAAUCCACACUCUAAGAGAAGCCAAAGUGGAAACUGUGGUAGAAGAAGGAACACCUCUGAAGGUCAUAUAGAAGCUCAACAGGAGGAUGUCAUGAACCUGAUACCAGCUAAUAUUAGACACAAGUAUGGCAGCUCUGUGGUUGCCCAGCUUAUCUAUCCAGAGCAGGCAAGAAGCUGUUUGAAUGAGGAGGAGAGAGCACAUUGCCACCAAGGGUAUUGCAUACCAAGAAUGAGAAUAAAACCAUGUUUCAUCGAGGACUAUCGACAUAGGAUCUAUCAUGAACUGGGACAUUGCCUCCGCAGUAAUCUGUUCCCAGGGGCGCCCAUAAAACAUAAUAGCUUGGUGCAUGACUCCUAUACGGCAGAAGUGAAUGAGAAGGGAAGGCUGGAAAGACACAAUACUCAUCAGUGGUAUGGAAGGAGGACCGACGAGUUAGCCAUUUGGUCUGAAAUGUUAAUGAGAAGGAAGGCCAUAGCCAAGAUCCUGCAGAGCCAACUUAAACCAUCUUGUGCUUUCCCACUCCCCAUCCGGACUAAUGUUCCCAAAGAUGUUCCUCCUCCAACAUCUCCACCACUACAACCACCAAAGAAACCAAGAAGACAGAAACACCAGACAAAUAAUGGGAAGCCAGAAGUGCAUCUUCCUCCAGUCUCACUACCCAAAGAAGAGGAUUACUUUUGGGAUUUCUAUGAUAAAUCUAUUUAGUAGUCUCAGACAAACAGACAGAACUUUAUUACCUGACAAUCUUCAGGAACCACCAUCAAUGUUCAUUUGGCUAAAAACUGGUCCUGGUCAUAUAAAUGGCAUACAGGUGCUUGGCUCAUUACAAGACAGACCUCUGAACUAUAACUCUAAGAUUCCAUUCAAAUUAUGCUGCUGAUUUACAUUUGGAGUAUACUCCCGAUGUGUGUGCAGAACUCCCAACAUAUGCAACUGUAUGCCAAUUUUGAAAAUUGAGCUAUGUUCAUGAUAUAAUAAAUAUAGGUAAAAAAAACCUGCUCUAUAGAGAGGUUUCAGUAAACUUACUGCCUGUUGAACUGCUCGAAACAGAAUGUGAAUAGUGGCCACAAUGCUGAUGUAGAGAUUAUGCUAGCUGACUAUUUAAUAAAAAUGUUCUCUGGGUAUGAUUUCAAAAGACUGCCAGCAACCUGUCCUAGAAUGUGAGGAGGUCUGGUUGCCUCCACUUGCAGAGUUGCCUAAGGGUGUGUGAGGGAGUAGGGACUCGCCACUCACUACACUCUGGCACUUGCAUAUACUAUAUAUUGGUGAGUGCUCCUGUCAG